GCAGCCAAUGGAGAGAGAAGAGAGAGAGCCACAAGCCAAGAGAGAGAGAGAGAGAGAGAGAGAAUUGGGACCAUAAUGGUAUCAUGCAUUAAAAAAUAACUCCAUGGGAACAAGCAUGGCCUUACAUCUUUUAAGAAGUAAGAGAAUGUGAUGGAGUGAGAUAGCUCUUGCAUCUUGCAGAGACUCAGAGAGAGAGAGAGAAUAUAGCUCACGGAAUAUUUAAUGAAUGCACUUAAACAGUGUUGAGAAUAAAGCAGAGAGAGAGAGAGAGAGAUGUUUUGCAUGGAGCUGAGAGGUGAGCAGAUCUUUAUUUCUUUUUUUGAAAUGUUGAGAGAUACGGAGAUUUAGUUUAAGCUUUUCUACAGAGAGAGAGAGAUAUCAUGCUGGUCAGUGUGAAAUAGCUCUGUAUUUGGUACUGAGAAGAAACCAAAGAUAAUUUAAGGAGAGAGAGAGCAACCAUGCCAAAACCCAAGUCCCAAUUUCUUCUCAUUCUCUCAAUCUCACUCUGGUUCUGGGCUUCACUUACAGUGGUAGCCACCAUUAACCCAGAAGCUGAAAUCAUAUUCUUAUGGCUGCAAUCUUCAAACUCUACCCAUUCUCUCCCUUCAUGGAAUCCCCAAAAGAGCCCAGAUCCCUGUUUAUGGGAUUACAUUUCCUGUUCUCAAAAUGGUUUCGUCUCUGAAAUCGAUCUACACUCUCUUCAGCUCGGAGCUCACUUUCCCUCUGAAUUUUUAGGCCUAAAACACCUCGCAAAGCUCACAAUUUCAAACUCAAAUCUCACUGGAAAAAUCCCGAAAGAGAUUGGUCAGUUUCCCUCUCUUGAAUUCGUCGACCUCAGCGACAACAACCUUGAAGGAACCAUCCCAAAAGAGAUUGGAAACCUCUUCAAACUUGAUACACUUCUUUUGGGGUCUAAUUUCCUCGAAGGUUCGAUCCCCAUUGAACUCUGCAACUUAUCAGAGCUUCGAAUACUUAGCCUCGUUGAUAAUAAUCUCAGUGGUCAUAUUCCUCAAGAGAUUGGUAAGCUUUCGAAGCUUGAAAUCAUCCGAAUUGGUGGGAAUUCAAACGUUUCUGGUGAGAUUCCUGAGCAAAUUUCAGAGUGCAAGAAUUUAACUUUUUUGGGUCUUGCUAACACUGCAAUUUCAGGCAAGAUUCCAUCAGGUAUUGGGCUUUUAACAAAGCUCAAGACCAUCUCAAUUUACACCGCCAUGAUUUCAGGUGAGAUUCCACCUCAAAUUGGAAAUUGUAGUGAGCUAACGAACCUUUAUUUGUACUCAAACCAACUUUCAGGUGAGAUUCCAGUUGAAUUGGGUAAUUUGAAGGGGCUUGAAAGAAUUCUUCUAUGGCAGAAUAACCUCUCUGGAAAAGUUCCACCCAUUAUAGGAAAGUGCACAAAUUUGAUGGUCAUGGACCUCUCUCUUAACCAGCUUUCAGGCGAGAUUCCUGCGAGUUUUGGUAAUUUAAGGCAUCUAAAUGAGCUGCUUCUCUCUGAUAACAACUUUUCUGGUGAGAUUCCAGCGAGUUUGGGUGAACUUUCAGGCCUAUCUCAGCUUGAGUUAGACAAUAACCAACUUUCUGGUGAGAUUCCGGCGAGUUUGGGCAAGUUGGGUAAUCUCACUCAGUUUUUUGCUUGGCAAAAUAGGCUUCAAGGAAAAAUCCCAGUGAGUUUAGGAGACUGUAAAAGCCUUGAAGCAUUGGAUUUAUCAAGGAAUUCUCUCUAUGGAACUAUCCCGGCAUCCAUUUUCAGGUUAGAAAAUCUCACUAAGUUGCUUCUUCUCUCAAAUGAACUGUCAGGUGGGUUAUCACCGGGGAUUGGACAGAGCUCGAAUUUGAUUAGAAUUCGAUUGGGUUUUAAUAGAUUAACCGGUGAAAUUCCUAAAGAAAUUGGUUCAUUGGAAAAAUUGAAUUUCCUUGAGCUAUCGGAAAAUCAGUUUUCAGGUGAAAUUCCAGCUGAAAUUGGGAACUGUUAUGAGCUAGAGAUGCUUGACCUCCAUGGAAACAAGUUCAAAGGUACAAUUCCUCUCUCUUUAGGUUCUCUCUUAGGUCUCCAUGUAUUAGACCUCUCUAUGAAUAGACUCACAGGUUCUCUUCCUGAUGCCAUUGGAAAGCUGGUUUCUUUGAAUAAGCUUAUGUUAAAUGGGAAUUAUCUCUCUGGUUCGAUACCAAAAUCGAUAGGAUCAUGCACAAAUUUACAGUUACUAGACAUGAGCAGAAAUCGGUUCUCUGGUUCUAUCCCUUCAGAGAUUGGUAAGUUGCAGGGGCUAGACAUCUCUCUGAAUUUGAGUUGGAAUUAUCUCUCUGGUUUUAUACCUGAACAGCUAUCUGCCCUCUCUAAACUUGCAAUCUUAGACCUCUCUCGGAAUACCUUAUCCGGGAGUUUGACUUUAUUGGGUAGCCUCGAAAACCUGGUUUCUCUGAAUGUUUCUUACAAUAAUUUCUCUGGUUAUCUCCCUGAUAACAAGUUUUUUAGAGAGAUGCCUCUCUCUGUUCUAGAGGGGAACAAAGGCCUCUGUUAUGGCAAGGAUUUGUGCUAUCUUAGCGAUAGAGAGACCCGAAACUCUGAAAAGAACAGAAAGAGCCUUAAAUCCUUAAUGGGUUUGCUCUUUGGUCUAACUGCAGCCUUGCUGAUAUUGGGUUCAGUGCUUUUGAUUCGAGCUCGUAAGAUGCAAGAUGAAGAUUUCGAGAAUGGGCAUGAAAGAGAAAAGGCAUGGCAAUGGCAAUUCACACCAUUUCAAAAGCUAAACUUCUCUCUAGAAGAUGUUCUCAAGAGGUUGGUUGAUAUCAAUAUAAUUGGAAAAGGAUGCUCUGGUGCAGUUUACAGAGUUGAGACCCGAAAUGGGCAAGUUAUUGCAGUGAAGAAGUUGUGGAAUUCAAAGAAUGAUGAGAGAGAAAGAGAUUCAUUCUCUGCUGAAGUGAAGACCUUGGGUUCCAUUAGACAUAGAAACAUAGUUAGGCUUUUGGGGUGUUGCACAAAUAGGAACAAGAGGCUAUUGAUUUAUGAUUACAUGAUAAAUGGGAGCUUGGGGUGUUUGCUUCAUGAGAAGAAAGAGUUUUUGGAUUGGAAUGUAAGGUAUAAUAUAAUUCUUGGAGCGGCGCAGGGGCUUGCUUAUCUCCACCAUGACUGUUCUCCCCCUAUUGUUCAUCGAGAUAUAAAGGCAAACAAUAUACUGAUAGGGCCUGAUUUUGAGGCAUGUCUUGGAGAUUUUGGACUCGCAAAGCUUGUGGAAUCGACUGAAUUCACGAAGUCCUCACACACAGUGGCUGGUUCUUAUGGCUAUAUUGCCCCUGAGUACGGAUAUAGAAUGAAGAUCACAGAGAAGAGUGACGUGUACAGCUUUGGAGUGGUGCUCUUAGAGGUCUUAACAGGGAAGCAGCCAACUGAUCCAUCAAUACCUGAAGGCAUGCACAUAGUGAACUGGGUCCGGAAAAGGCUUCAACAAAGCCACAGGGGUGGGGCUCUCAAUCUCUUAGAAGAAAGGCUUCGAGGUUGGCCACAAGUUCAACUCCAAGAGAUGGUUCAAGCGCUUGGGGUGGCCCUACUUUGUGUAAACUCGAUCCCUGAAGAAAGGCCCUCGAUGAAAGAUGUAGUAAUGUUGCUUAAAGAGAUACGGCACGAGGCCGAGGAUUAUGCCAAGGGAGAUCCAUUGGCUAAAGGAUCGAUGGCUAGUAUGCCUUCGGCCCAUUGUAUUAGCUUCUCGAGAUCAUCUGGGCUGCUCAUUGAAUCAUCAUCCUCUAUACUAUACUCUAAUAGCAGUGGUGGGAUUUCUUUCCAAUGAGCUUAGUUCUUGAUUGUAUAUGUUACACAGAUGAAGUUCGGUUAGUUGGAUGGUUUAGAUUGAUCUACAAGGUUUUAAAGGAUUGUGGGGCUUUUUUUUCUCCCUUCACUUUUUGUGUAUGUAUUAAUGGAUGAAGUUGAUGUUGCUGAAGAGGUUCAAGAUUGAUGAAGAAUGUAUUGUGCCUCUCAGAGAGGUAUUUAUGAAAAGAAUGACACAUUUUUUGA